GAAAAUUUGAUUAUUAAAUUAUGAAUUCUAUGAAAAGGUCUUUUCUUUAAAUGUUAAUUACUCCUAAUCAGGAUUUAGGACUCUCUGUUGAAAAUAGAAAAUCUGAAAUACAGUAAUGGCAAGAAAUAGAAAAAGAAACUGCAUUCGAGAUUUAGAGGACAUGCGUGUUGAUCUCAAACAGUUUUUUCAUUCCUCUUUGUUACAAUUUACAACAUCUCUUUCGAGCUACGCUGACGAACUAGAUGCUGCAUACAAAAAUAUAAAGAUUUCCAAAGUUGCCGGACAAUCAGGAUGUGUGGUAGGGGGAGUCUUAGCUGUGAUUGGCUUUGGACUUUCUUUUGCAACGUUCGGAGCAUCUCUUGGACUAUGUAUAGCAGGAGGCAUUAUCGGGGGCGCAGGUGGGAUUGUUACUGGUGGCGCAUCGAUAGCUGACUAUGUUAAGUCAAAGAAAGCUAGCAAAAAUGCGGAAGCCCAGCUUGAAGAAUGUAAUACAGCCUUUAACGAGAUACUUAAGAAAUGCAAUAAUCUGUCAACACAGUUAGAAACAUUCGGAGAUAUAGACAUAAUAUUUCCAAACUGGAGCUCAUUCUGGGGCAAGCUCAUGCUGGGCAGUGGGAAAACCCUUUCUAGUUUUGGUUGGAAAAUGGUUGCGAGUACUGUUUUGAAUGCUAUUAAACUCGGCAAAACCAUCGACAUUGCAUCUGAUGUAACAUCAACUGUUGUACCUGUAUUCCGUACACUUGGAAACACAGCAAAGGGGUUUCAUAUUGUUGGUGGGGUCGUAAGUGCCGUCUUUCUUCCCAUUGAUAUAGGCUUUCUAGUUUCGACUUCGAUAGAGCUUCACAGAAACGAAGCUCAUGCUGAAUCAAAGAAAAUUCGACAAGCUGUUGCCACGCUGCAAAAAAGAUAUCCCAGUGAAGAGGAGAUUGAUAAAACGAUUGAUGCAUGUAUAAUUGUUUUACAACAAUUAGGUAUCUAAUAAGUAAAUGAUUAGUUUUAACUUUAGAUAACCAUGUUUAAUACAAUCUAUAAAUAUUUAUGGUUAAAGACGCAGCUACAAAAAGUAAUAACGCAAUUUAAAAACCUUAAACAGACAAAAACCUGUUGCAACUGGCAACAACAGGGUGACAGGAAAUAUUGUUACGAUUUAAAUUAAAUUUCCAUUAAAUUAUAUUUUGAAUACAUUUUAAAUAGUCCGUUAUGCAUUACAUAGUAUCAAACGGAAACAACGCAACGUUAAUAAUUUCAAGCAUACUCAUUUACUAGUAAAUAAUACACAGUACAAAGUUAAUGUGAUAAACAAUACGCAUCAAUGAAAUAAUAUACCGUUGUAAUAACGCAAGCACUACAUAUGUAAUGAUCUUUAAAAAAAAUUCUUGCAGUAUGUUGGUUAGUUUAGCUAUUCAGCUUCAGACAUGUUGCAGUGUCUCACGGUAUUUUUAUCAUCAUUUCCAUUAUUUUCGAUUGAGAGUAAAUGUAUUUCUAAUUUCGGAAAUAAAUCUGAAAGUUAUUGUAACCAUAGCCUUUGCUAAAUGCUUCAGUCUGUUUUUAAACUUUUAAAUGGUAAUAUGAGGAAUGAACUUACUGAAAUAUGACUUAGCUCUCAUUUCUUUAGGUUAAAAUAAGUAGUAGUUUGACACUAUUAGUAAUAUAAAUAGAAAAUAAAUGAGAUGUUUUUGACAAAAAUACCGUAUUGAAAAAAAAUAUAUAUAUAUAUUGAACAAUGUAACAUUGAUCAUAAUAUUUUUUGGACAUACACCAUACAUGUAUACGAUUUAUACCACUUGCCCCUCACAGCUGUGG